AUGUCUUCGAAGUGGCCCUACAUCACAGAUCACUUUGUACUUCCGAUGGACGCUCCGUCUCCGCCACUCCCUCAAGGAGACCUGAUGGAUGUUGGUUAG